CUCGGGCUCCUUUUUCCGCGGCAGGUCCCGCGCCGGGUGCUGCGCCGGGUCCCGCGCGUUCUCGCCCGCGCUCGGGUAACCCAGGCUCCCCUUCCCCGCGGCCGUGUUUGCAGUGCGUGGUGGGUGUUACCCGGCGUCGCGCCCGCGCCGCGAGUGGGGCGAAAGCCAUCGGCGAGGCGGUCGCACCGGCGAGAUCGUAAAUCAUGACCAGUCGGCCGCUCGGAGCGCAUCGUGACAAACAGGGUGAAAACUGUUGGAAAACAGGGAGCACCGCGGUCGCCGCGACGUUGCCACCCCCGGAGCGGCGUUAAUUCACCACGCUUGGGCCUCGCCGACCACGGCUGUUGAGCGCGCGUACCGUGUACCCGGUGGUACCGUACAGUCCGGCUGUUACGGCGGGUUAAGUCAGUGUUUCCGCGAGCCGACACACACGUACGCACACGUACACACGUACACACAGUGCCUCUCGACUUGACUCCGUCAGUCUGCUCCGGUCUGCUGGGUAACGAUCCGUAUGACCACGUAACGGGCCCGAACUCGAACGAGUCCCUCGUUGACGACGCCAUCGCGACGGCCGCUCACCUGGUCCGCGUGUCGCUCGCGUGAGGAUCAAACCGGCACAGUGUCGAUCUCAAGGAACAGUUCGCUCUGUCCGAUCGGCCGCGGCCAUGUGCAGCAACGAGAGCCCGCCGCCGGCGAAGGAACCGCUCGCCGUCGGUCUGGGUAACCCCAUGGCCGGCUUCUUGCCAGGCCUCGAGCACUAUCGGCUGCAACUGUACCACUACGCGAUGGCGGAGCGACUGCGACUGGCACAGCAGCUACAUCCACAGCACCCUGGUGUUGGCCACCCGCCGUCGAGCGCGUCGACUUUAAGCAUGAGCCCGGGUUUCCCGGCGCCGUUGCCGCUGUACCCGGCAGCAGCCGCCGCCGCCGGAUAUCCUGGCCGGUUGGCGCUGUCGAUGGCGUUGCUGCAUCCGCAUCACCAGCGAAUACCGGAGGAGCCCAAGCCCCAGCACAGCUACAUUGGCUUGAUCGCGAUGGCGAUAUUGUCGUCGCCCGAGAAGAAACUUGUGCUAUCCGACAUCUACCAGCACAUACUCGAGCACUACCCAUACUUCCGCACUCGCGGACCCGGUUGGCGCAACUCCAUCCGGCACAAUCUUUCGUUGAACGACUGUUUCGUCAAGUCCGGUAGGAGCGCCAACGGUAAGGGUCACUAUUGGGCGAUCCACCCGGCGAAUCUCGAGGACUUCCGGCGCGGUGACUUCCGCCGGCGCAAGGCACAGCGGAAAGUACGCAGGCACAUGGGACUGGCGGUGGACGAGGAACCGGACAGUCCUAGCCCGCCACCAUUGCCGGCCACCCCGCCACCUCCGGCGGCCCUCGGACCCCCGGUGGCCACGCAACCGAUAACCGGCCUGUGGACGCCGCAUCAUCAUCACCAGCAGCAGCAGCAACAGCAGCAGCAACAGCAGCAGCAGCAGCAACAGUCACAUCAACAGCACUCCUUCCAGAGCCAGUCGCUGCGGCAGUCGUCUUUCCAGCCGUCGAGAAAACGGCAGUUCGACGUGGCAUCGCUCCUGGCGCCGGACGAUCAGCAACACCAGAUUGUGGAGUCCGAUCCGACCAAGUCGCGGCGCUUUAGCUGCAGCGAAGACGAGCUGCACGACCUACCGGAGCCUGAUCAGGACGAAGAGGACGUCGACGUCGACGUGGUCGCUGACGCGAACGCCUUACCGUCGCCGGGCACGCCGCCGUCGGUCAGCCCGGACUCGAAGAUUUUGUCGCCGACUGGCCAUUGGAAUCACCAGAGUGUACAGAGCGGCGGCGGCGGCGGCGGCGGCGGCGGCGGCGGCCAGCAGCAACAGCAGCAGCAACAGCAACUCUCGGCUGUACAUCUUCACAAUCAUUUGCACGUGAGGAACUACUACAUACCGGCCAAUUCCGCCGGCGGCUCCAGCGUCUAAUGACGAGUCCGAGCCAACGAGCGAGUCGGUUCGCACAGUUCGCAGGUAGCUGCUCGUGUUGUCUCGUGUGCUCACGUUCUUUUGCUCUGGACCCUGGUCGUCCUGUUCCCCGCGGAACGACGACGUUUCGCGUGUUGAUCUUGCGCCUGUACGAAAAUUGUCCUGGCUGUCAUCAGACGCAGGCCAGAACCCGAUUAGGAUCCCCAAAUUUGUCCCGAACUUAGUGGCUCGGUCGUGAUACCAAUUGGGGAUCCUAUUUUGGGGUUCUCCAUUUGGAAUCUCGGGAUAAAGUAUUAUGGGAAUCCGCAUUUAUCUUUCGCUCGAUUACGUUUGUACAUUUUUAUUCCGUCAAGUAAGGGGUCCGUUUUUACAGCGACUAUCGAAUUAUCGGCGGAAUAACAAACGAGGAAAUUUUAACGUAAAGUGGAGAUCAGGAAGAAUAUUGGGUGAACCUUGAGUUAGGUCGCGUUAUCGCUUAUUCUAUCUACGUAGACUCUACGUAGAUAUCUCUCGCAGUCGGGCUGGAUCCUAAUUAGACCCCAAGACAUCUUCUAUGGGCAGCUGAACACUGCGGCUUUCUCUCGGGGGAAAGAUCGCCUUGCGAGAGAAUGUUGUCUCUCCACGACGGAGAGAUCGGUGUUCGCAAGCGCGGGGGAAAGCCUUUUCGGAGUUUUCGGAGGAAGCAUGACGAUCGAGUCGAAAGCAAGAUCGAAAGUACACGAGAGCGUCCGUAAAGGAUAUUCUUUAAGCGUCUCCCCGGAGGACUCGCAUCGUCCGCGGCGCUUAGCACGGCGUUUUCGCGCGCACGCAGGGAGAAUAGACCGCGAGUGAUCUCCGGAGAACGGACUCGGCGGAAAAUUGGCGGCCGAUUGGGUGCCUCGGGUCGAAGUCGGGCCACGAGAAAAACAGAUCGAUCCGUCGCCGAUUGUGUCUCGAGCGUCACGGGAGCCAGGUGUCUGGUCUGCGCUCGACGAAAUGGCGUGCGUCCUUGCGUUCGUCGCUGCGACGGAAACGCCGCGCGGCUGUGACGCGAGAUUCUAGUCCGAUCGCUCAUCGUUUCGUUGAGACGUUUCGCGAAGGGAAAAGGGGAAGAGAAGAGGCAUUUCCUGAUGCCAUUCGCAGCGUGUCGCAAACGUCGUUGGGAAGCAUCGUCGUGUCGCAGCGACGGAAUUAUCGGAAUCCUUCCAUCGCGCCAUCGGACGAUCUCCGCGUGCUUCUGUCCGUCGAUUUUCGUUCGGCCGCUCGACUCGAAGAAGCUCGACCCGCGCCGCGCCGGUCCCGAGCGCGCUUUUCAUUUGUCUCGCACAAAAGUCACGUAUGGCGCGUUAUCUCGGUCUCGAGGAAUUAGGCGACUUCGUCUAGCGUCGAUCGGAAUACGGAUCAGUAAGCGGGCGGACAACGUGGAAUUCUCGAAGGACGUCCUACGGAUUUCCGAAAACGUCCGGAUUUUUCUCGAACAUUUCGAUUUUGCUUUCAAGUUGCCGUCUUCCGCAAUCUUUGUGCGAUCCUCACGGGCCUGACAGCCCGCUUACACCUCUCGCUUACCCCGAUGAAUAAAUGAAUCUUGCACGCGGAGAACGGCUGGCUUCUCGCCCGACGCACGACCGAGACGCACUUCUCUCUCCGAGCGUCGGAGAUCAUUUGAGUCUGGUCUGUUGAAGUCGAGUCCGGCGAUUUGGCGCGAGCUUCGGUUACGCGCUCCGGAACUUAUACGUGUACUAUAUAGAUAGAUGUCUAAGAAAAAAAAAGUAUGUAUAUAGACCGGAGUUCGACGGCAAAAUCCCAACGCGAAACUUUCCCUCGAUCGCGGCGCGAUCGGCCGAUGGCGAACUGCGCGACGAUCGACGCGAUCAAUCUUGCACCGGCGGACAGCGGGAAAAUUUCAUCCCAAUUAGAGAGAAAGUCCUGAUUUAAUCUCAAUUAAGGAGAAACUUGUCAAUAUAUAUAUACAAACUUUGGCCGUCCCAGGCCGCCAAUCAUAAGCAAUUUUGCUGUCCAAACGGAGAAGCAAUGUUUUAUCAAUUUACGAUAUUUAUUGACAUUAUAAUAAUAUUACUUUUAUGCACAGUAGUGUCGUUAUCAACGACACUCAUUAUAGAGUUUGGUUCCUGGACGAUAAUUAUCAUUUGCUUGCUUGUGAUUGCGAAGAUCCCUCGUGCCGUGUGCCGUGUCCAGUUGGGAUUCUACCGGCGAAUUUAGGCAUCUUUGUAAAUAUGAGAAUCACGCGAGCGAGCGAGCGAGCGAGCGAGAGAGAGAGAGAGAGAGAGAG